AUGCAAGCAGCAGCAAGGGGGCCCCUGGGGGCCCCCCUGCAGCAGCAGCACGUGCAGCAGCUGCUGCAGCAGCAGGAGCACUGGCUGCUGGACAACGAAGACGCCUCGGAGCAGCAGCUUGCUGCUGCGCUGCAGCAAGUUACGGAAACCCUGCAGCAAGACUGCAAACCCUACUUCGAAGCAGUGGAGAGAGAAAGGAAGCAAAAAGAAACAGACUUGGAGACAAAUGCUGCUGCUGCUGCUGCUGCUGCAGCAAACGGCAGCAAGGAAGACAUGGACGUCAAACUCCCCAACUCCCAGUGCAUCAAAAGGGCCAAAAAAAAUAAAGACGAAGCCAACGAACUCUUCAAAGACGGGAACGUGGAGCUGGCGGUGCAGCGGUACAUCAAGGGUUUGCAGUACUUGUCGAAAGUGUUUGACUUGAAAGAAAACGAAAAGGAAGAAGUCCAAACCCUAAAACAGUGUUUAAAUUUAAACCUCGCUCAAGCUUAUCUCAAACUCAUGGGAUCCGAUCCCAAGACCCCACACUUCGAGGCCUUCGCCAAGAAGGCCCUCAGCUCCUGCGACGCCGCCCUCGAAAUCGACGAUCAGUGCGUGAAAGCGCUUUACCGCCGUGCCGUGGCAAAUGAGCGUCUCAAAGAAUACGCAAAUGGACUGGCGGAUGUGAAAAAGGCGCUGAAGAUGGUUCCUGAGGACGCGGACUUCUUAAAGCUGAAGGAGCGACUGGAGGCCCGAAUUAAGGCUGAGAAGGAGCAGCAGAAGAAGAUUUACUCAAGGAUGUUCAGCUAA